CCGGGGGAUCCCGAAGGGCCCUACAUGAGGCGGCACUGCUCCCCACUCACCCCCCCCGGCAGCUCCAGGUUGAAUCCGGGGGGCUGUGGGGGCACAGCGGGGUCACCCCCAAUCUCUGGGGUCACCCCUAAUCUGUGGGGUCACCCUGAAUCUGUGGGGUCACCCCCAAUCUCUGGGGUCACCCUGAAUCUCUGGGGUCACCCUGAAUCUGUGGGGUCACCCCAAAUCUGUGGGGUCACCCCAAACCCAUGGGGUCAUCCCAAAUCUGUGGGGUCAUCCCGAAUCUGUGGGGUCACCCUGAAUCUCUGGGGUCACCCCAAACCCAUGGGGUCAUCCCGAAUCUGUGGGGUCACCCCAAAUCUGUGGGGUCACCCCAAACCCAUGGGGUCAUCCCGAAUCACUGGGGUCACCCCAAAUCUGUGGGGUCAACCCGAAUCUGUGGGGUCACCCCGAAUCUGUGGGGUCACCCUGAAUCUCUGGGGUCACCCCAAACCCAUGGGGUCAUCCCGAAUCUCUGGGGUCACCCCGAAUCUGUGGGGUCACCCCAAAUCUGUGGGGUCACCCCGAAUCUCUGGGAUCACCCCGAAUCUGUGGGGUCACCCUGAAUCUCUGGGGUCACCCCGAAUCUCUGGGGUCAUCCCAAAUCUGUGGGGUCAUCCCGAAUCUGUGGGGUCAUCCCGAAUCUGUGGGGUCACCCCGAAUCUGUGGGGUCACCCCGAAUCUGUGGGGUUACCCCGAAUUUCUGGGAUCACCCCGAAUCUGUGGGGUCACCCUGAAUCUCUGGGGUCACCCCGAAUCUCUGGGGUCACCCCAAACCCAUGGGGUAAUCCCAAUUCUCUGGGGUCACCCCAAACCCAUGGGGUAAUCCCAAUUCUCUGGGGUCACCCCAAAUCUCUGGGAUCACCCCAAUUCUUAUGGGAUCACCCCAGUUCUUAUGGGAUCACCCCAAUUCUUAUGGGAUCACCCCAGUUCUUAUGGGAUCACCCCAAUUCUUGUGGGGUCACCCCAGUUCUUGUGGGGUCACCCCAAUUCUCUGGGAUUGCCCCAAAGCGUUGGGGUGACCCCAAAUCCUUGUAGGGCGCUGUCCCCAAAC